AUGUCCUUAUUGAGCUUGUCAAACGAGCUGAUAUUUUUGGUUGCGCAGGAAUUAGAAUCACAAAAGGAUCUCAGCGCCUUGGUGCAAGUCAAUCGCCAAUGCUAUCUUCUGCUUAAGCAGACCCUCUAUCGACACAAUAUUAACCACCAUAGUGGCCGUGGAAUCCUCUUCGCGGCUAAACACGGAAGAGAUUGCCCCCAUCACAAGGAAAUUACCCCAGGGUGUCAUUCGGCGAAACCUGGAUAUUUGUGUCCUAUGAAGCACCCAAUCUUGUACGCCUCCGAGUAUGGGCACACGGACCUCGUCAAAUACCUUCUCAGGCAUGGGUCUGACGUGUUUGUCGAAGACUGCCAUGGGAAAAAGCCAAUCCAUCUUGCUGCCAGGAAUGGGUUUCUCUCCGUGGUUGAAGUUUUAUUGAAUGAGGCUGGUGAUCCAACAUUGUCUUUGAAUAACGAUAAGGAUGAUGUUCCCUUCGGAAUAUGCGCAUCUCCCAUUCAAGAGGCUGUGUUCAACGGGCAUCAAGACGUGGUUGAAUAUCUCCUAUCCCAUUCCCCAAGCCCACGCGACCAUGCCAAUAUAUCUCUCCCAGCUGCCGGUGCGUCUGGUGAUAUCACCCUAGUGACACUUUUACUUCACCAGAAAGCGGAUAUCAACUUCCAGCAUGUCGCCAGCCAUAUUGAGAGGAAUGGGAUGAAUCCGUACCAGGAGCCAUGGCCAUGGACCAACUGCAUUGGCAUUGGCAGCUCAGCGGGGUCAUACAGCAAUGGUUGA